AUGGAAGAUGAUCAAGAAAGUAAGAAUAAUAUCGACAUGUAUAGAGGAGUAAGGAAGAGAAAAUGGGGGAAAUGGGUAUCUGAGAUACGCGAACCAGGAAAGAAAACUCGAAUAUGGUUGGGGAGUUAUGAGACAGCAGAAAUGGCUGCUGCAGCUUAUGAUGUUGCUGCAUUUCAUCUAAAAGGUGAGAGACCAAACUUAAGGCUCAAUUUCCCUGAAUUAAUACAUACAUUCCCAAAACCCUCAAGUUCAAGACCUGAAGAUGUACAAAUGGCAGCUCAUGAAGCGGCAAUGAGGUUCAAACGGCCAAUUGAUGAUCAUCCAGACAACUGUGGUGCAGGCCCGGUGAGAGUAGGUCUCUCACCGAGUCAAAUUCAGGCGAUUAAUGAAUCCCCGUUGGACUCCCCAAAAAUGUGGAUGGAGUUUGCCGGGGCUUUAUUACCUGUUAGAGAAUACACUUGUCCCUCCUCUUCUUUUGAGGAUCAUCAGUGGGAUGAAAUCCAAUACCAUCAUGAUUCCAUUUGGGAUUUUUAA